AAAAUGGCGGAAAAAUUGUGCUGACGUUAGGUGUUUUGAUCUCGGUACUUUUAGCUAAUCUUAAGCUCUUCAUUAACUCUAUGUAUUCCAACUUUAUAUAUUUCGCAAUCAUAUUCGACCAGUCCACGAUGAUCUCAAGCAAUGGUUAGCAAUGAGUUCUCAAGAGCUGACGGCAGAGCUCGAAGGUGAACGUAUUCGAGAGGAAAAACAGCAAUCUUCAGUGACAGAAAAUGAAGAACAAUUCAAAGGUCCGAGAUUUUAUCCACCUGUAUACCGUCGAAGGUACGCUGCAGUAUGUGAGCUGGUAAAGAAACAUCAAGCAAAAAGGGUUCUUGAUUUUGGUUGUGCUGAGGCAAAACUUGUAAAAUCCUUGAUAAGUCAAGAAACACUGACUCACUUAGAAGAACUUGUUGGUGUUGACAUUGACAGAAAGCUUCUGGAGGAGAACAAAUUCCGCAUUCAACCUCUAACAUCAGAUUACCUGAGACCGCGUACACACCCAUUCAAAGUUUCUUUGUAUCAGGGUUCCAUAGCUGAAGCAGACAAACGAUUCAUAGACUUUGAUGUGAUUGCUUGUAUUGAACUAAUAGAACAUCUUGAACCAGACAUUCUUGAUUCAGUGCCUAAGAUCUGAAGGGAUUCAGACAUU